GCACAAAACAGUACCACGUAGACAAAUGACUCAUCCAGGUAAAAACGUUGUAUUACGUAUGGCGUACCCUGAAGGUAACAGCUACUAAAUUCUUGAUUUGGCGCACCUGUCGCAUCCUGGGUGUUAUCAUCAGCGCGGAAAUUAAAAUGUGAAAUUGCAAAGCGUACUAUAGUGCACAAAUGGCGGACGAAUCGAUAAUAGGUUUGGUGGUUUUGGUCGUACUGUGCUGCGGGGUUUUGGUGGGCGGUACUAUUAGUGUAAACGGGUCGAUAUGUGGUCAAAAAACGUGCAAAGUAGGACAGUACUGCACGUUUGACAAAGCGUGCGAAUCGUGUGCUCAGAUAUGCAACGCAUCCCAUCACAAUUUCGAAAAGCAGCUUUGCGAAGAAAAGUGUCAAGAUUACCUUCAUGACGCAAGAUACGUUCACAAAGAAGAUUAUGACGAUCUGAAAGGUACUGUGGGAAAGCUUUCGUCCAUGGUUUCCGCGACUCUGACGUUGGUAUGUUUCAUGCUGAUAAUACUAGGCUGUCUUCUAUGCUUCCAAUUGUAUCGGUGGAAAGUUAAAAAGAACAUCACAUUGGAAAUUAUUCGCAAUAAAAUAUUUGGCUCAAAAGGGGAUAACGUAGAUUCUCCAUCUUCCAACAGUGUGGGUGAUGACAAUAAAAAACGCGACUUGCGAUUGGAAAUGCCGUCUCCUACGGUUCAUUCCGGAAACAGUCCCGUUACAGUUUCGACGUCAAUUAGUAGAAGGCCUGCGGAAGACAGCACACUUGAUUAUGCCUACGACAAUCCGGCAAUGGCGAAAACCCCCAACAGUUCGUUUUAAUUAAAAUGUUUUGUUUUUGUUACUGUUUGUUGCUUAGUUGUUAGUUAGCGCUAACAGCGCGACGCUUGCAGUAAUACGUAGGUAGAUGCCAAUGACAUUGUAUCCCAAAGAGACUAAUAACUUCAAAGUCUAAAGACCCAAAAAGGUCUAAAAAUCGCUUUUUAGUUUCCAUAGCAUUCCCACAGGUUUUAAUGGAACGUUAAACUGGAAAGUUAAUUGAAUUAAUUUGCUUGGCACGACCUAUUUUUUUUUCUAUAUUUGUUGGUUGUUUUCACUUAAAUUCGAACUAAUUACAACAAAGGACUGCAUAAGAGUGAACAACAUAAUGUUGAGUUUUUAGCUAUAGGUUUUAAACCAAAGGUGUUGUCGCGGUAGCUAAGGCUUAAUGUGUCUAUAUCCACAGCUAUUUGACGUUUCGUAUAGAACUAGAUUUUAACUGUCAAAUAUGAUCUGUUGAAAUUGAGAAGGUUCAGUUUGGAAAAUUCUAAUUUUCUCGAAUACUUAUUAUUUGAAGCAUGAGUUUUGGUUGGUUCGGAACAAAUUGUACAAAACACAAAAUCAAAGGUCUGGAAGUGCUACCGAAGGACUAGAAAAACGACAUCAUUGUGUUCUGGGCAACUGCCUAUUGAAUAAAUUUAAAUCAUUUGUCUCAAAUUAAGUAAAAAAGAAUAUCGAAGUGGGUUUAAAAUAUUACUUUGUCGAUACGACUUCGGAUAUGACGUCAAUGGUGGCAGUUCGAUUUUAGAAAAUCCUACAUUUUUAUGUUUAAAUGUGAUGGUUACGACCAUGUUCUGUCUUCAAGCUCAAGUCAAGUGAAAAUAUUACGUAUUAGCUAUAUCAGUUUCAAUGGUUCCUUUAUUCUGCUGUCUUUUAUAUCUUAAUUGGUUUUUUAUAAAUGUCCUUGAAAUUAUUUGUGUCAAAGCGUAUACUAGAAGUGUCCUCAAAAUUGAAGUGAUUUGAUUCAACACAACCAAAAAAAGAUCCUCAGAAAAUUUGCCUACUGACAUUUCCUUGAGUUGUCUUUGUUAUCUGAACAAAAUAGAAAAACAUCACAGCAAUACUAGCGAUAUUAUAAGAGGAUAUUUUUUUUAGUUUUAGUCGAUAUCGUACUAAAUAUUUUUUUGUAACUAAGAGUCAUUCUUAAUAAUUUUAUUUAUAUUUUAAGAUAUUUCCGUUCCACUUUCGUUUGGGCAUUGUGCAAUGUUGGUUAACUCAAGUAGGAACCCGUCGCAAACCCUCAAGUUUUUCCCAAACCUCUGGUAAAGCUUGUGGUACUCAUGCUAGGUUAUUUAGGUAUCAAUGUAAAAUAAAUAUCUGGGAGAGUGAUCCCCCUCAUAGUAGCAAAAAAUGUAUAAAAGUGGUGACAUAAUGUUUUAUUUUUGAUGCAGUAAUUUUAGUACACACGUAUAUGCAUAUAUCAUAGCUUCACUUUCAAAUAUUUUUUUAUUUAAAGGAGAACUUCCACUCCCUUAAAAUAUCUAUCUUACUUUACGUUCGAAGUGGGCAAAAAAGGAUGUUCUGUAGGUUUCUAUAGAUCUCGGUAGCUACAGAAGCUACGGCAAAAGCGGAUUGCACAUUCUCGAUCGCUUUUCUUGAGAAGAAUUGAAUGGUGAGAACCAGAACUCUCUAUUGUCUUCUGUUUUCGGGCUAUAUCAACAAGUUGUUUAGGAUUUCGAUUUUUUUUUCGCGUUUUUCAAGUUACCAAAAUGGAUAUUUACGCUUUAUUCGGGCACAUUUUUGGGUAGAAUGGAAAAGUCUUAACAAAUUUAAUAUCUUCAUUUGUUUUUUGGUCAAAACACUAAGAUGUAUUUUGUUAAUAUGCAAAUCAUAAAUGACAUUUAAGUCCUACAUGGCGAAUAAUCAAAAUAAAAAGAAAAGUCUCGCGCGGCUAUGACAAUAUUAGUUUAUUUUGGAAAAUGAUUAUAAAAUACACAAUUUAUAUAUCGUUGAAAGAAGAACAACACUGCUUAAUUUGUUUAUAGUCACCUAUGAGUGGCGCAUAUGUAUAUAAAAAAUAUUUAGGAUGGAACCAUCAAAAAACCGAUUUCUUCAAUAUAGCUUUAAAACAACAGAUGAUACCGAGUGGUGAUUUUCACUAUGUAGUCUAUCUUACAAGGCAAUUGAGAAAGUGCCAUCGAUUUUACCAUAGCCAUUAUAAUUACUGAGAUCUCCUACGAAAACAUCUAUAUUUGACGACUUUGUAGAACAUUUAUUGGGUUUCAUAUCUGCGGCGCAGUUUUACUUAAUUAUAUUCACGUACUUAAUUAUUAUGGCUGUAGAAUUACCUAAUCGUAUAUUUUAAUUAUAGCUGUAGAAUUAAUUAACCAUACAUAUUAAUUAACGUUAGUUGUCAAACCACAAACCCACGAACUUUUUGGUGUAGAUAGUUUUAAUUAGUUUUUAUAUGUUAUUGUUAUAGAGACCAACAUUCUAAGGUUCAUCAUUUCCGUCCAUACGAAACAUUCCAUUAGUUUGUAAUAAUUUGACUGAUUUCUAGUUUAAACUCAUGAGCGUGGACUCUUUCGAACUUGAAGUAAUUAAAACUUGCUUCUGAAAGUCUCGAGUCGGUCUAAGUUGAAUGGCGCAUUGUUAAAUACAACUCGAAUCCGAUUGUUAUCUUUCCAAACAUUUAAUAUUCUACAUUUCUGCUAUUCAGGCAUAGAGAUUUUAAUGAAGUCGUGAAAUUUAGUAAGUCACGUGAAAUGUUCAAAGGGUUAUGUAUUACUUAAUAUAAGGUAUGUGUGAAUGUGUAUGUGUCCCUCCCAGAAACAUUUCGAUAUAUUACGGGAUUUUUUUUUAAAUCAUCCGUAGUAGGUGUGAACUUGCUUAUCUAACUGUUUUUGAAAUUUAAUAUUAUACAAUACAAUAAUAUACAAUACAAUUUACACGAUAUUCCACGGUCGUCAAGGGUCAUUAGAGCAAUAAAAAAAAAACACAUUUACUUCUACUACUUCCCACUGAAAACAACAUAAAUUGCUCUUAGAAAUAUGUUUUUUUCAUAAUAGACCUUUUCGGAUGACAGCCCGUCUGUGUAUUGUUUUAUUUUGCUUGCAAGUAACAUAUUUAAGGAAAAUUGCUUUUGUCUGAGUGAUAAGUAAUACAAUACAAUAAUACCAGCUGUAAGUAUUCUAUCACAGACAAAGAUGCACAUUUUCAUCAAUCGUUAGGAUUUGCAAAAAAUGAAUUGUUCAAUAUAAAAUCAAUGUCUAGUCGUAUAUUAAUUUUUUUUUAUCAUCAUUGCAUUAUUCGUAAGUUUUAAUUUAAAAAAAUAUUUAGGAAGCGCGCUUGGCCAGUUUUUAUGCUAUCAGACACGAAAAAUUUGAGUGCGAUACGGGCGGAAUGACAGUACCGUUUUAUUUAAGAAUCAAAUUGAAAGGUGUAAUUUUUAAAGUAAACACUGGAUUUUCUUGUAUUUGUUGCAUUUUAAUGAUAAACAUUUUACUUUCUUCUUGGAGGCCGAUUGAAACGCAUACUGGUCGCAUUUAUAUUACGUGGACGAAAAUUAAUUAAUAUCGAUAAUUAAUGAGCUGAAUAAAUAUCGACGCAUCCAAAUCGAAUACGGUAUCGCAAACGUGGGCGCAAACUAUAAAUUAGAUUUUCGGUGCUAAUAACAAAAUAAAUGAAAUAUUGUUAUACGUGUAAAUUAGUAAAGUCGUAAAGUUAGA